AUGGACGUCUCCUCCGACGAGAAUGACGGCGAGUCGCGUCCUCGCAAAAAACGCGCCCUCGACUCCAACAACUCUCCAGCCGCGGCACCCACCCCACCCCCCGCUCCGAAGUGGUCUAAUCCAGACCCUUAUACAGUACUACCGCCACCGGAUGAGAGUCAGGCGAAGAGAGUAGAUGUGGUCAAGUUGAUUCGCAAGGCACGGGUAGCUGCCAGUGCGCAACCGGUCAAAACCGAUGCAGUGGCCGACAAUGAAGAUUUCAUCUCACUGGGUGGCUUAGUAGAUGAGGAAGAAAGCAAAUACCAGCCUCCACAGGACGCGCCUGUGGGACCAAGAAGCCAAGUGCAAGGAAGAGAUUCCGCAGCAGGAAGCCGCAAGAGAACACAUGACGAUGAAUUAAAAGGUGUCUCUAAGAAGACGGGCAAGCCUUUGAACAAGUACUAUUCGGAUGGCUCGAUUAUCGAUGAAUGGAAGGUUCGUCCAUCUGAGACAGGCACGCCAUGGUUUAACCAGAUGGCGCCUACAUUACACUUGAAUACCAGACUUCACAAUGAGAUCUUAUCGUUCUUUCAUUGGGUGAAACCACUGCAAUACGAACAAAUCGUCCGAGCGGACUUAAUCGAGAGACUCCAGUCUGCAUUCCAAAACAGAUACUAUGGCGUGCAACUCCGUCCGUUCGGGUCGUUCGCUUCGGGGUUGUAUCUUCCAACUGCUGAUAUGGAUCUGGUCCUACUCUCGUCCAACUUCAUGCGCCAUGGAAUCAAGACUUUCGGUGAACGAAAGGGACAAAUCUACGCCUUCUCCGCAUACCUCAGGAAUCUAGAUAUCGCUGUACCCGGUUCAAUAGAGACGAUUGCACAUGCUCGAGUUCCAAUCUUGAAGUUCGUGGAUAAAAUGACGGGCCUGAGAGUCGACUUGUCGUUCGACAAUGAUAGCGGACUAGUCGCCAAUAACACUUUCCAGCAAUGGAAGUCUGAGUAUCCCGCAAUGCCCGUUAUUGUUUCGGUCAUCAAACAAUUUCUGCUACUUCGGGGUCUAAAUGAAGUUCCCUGUGGCGGAUUGGGAGGAUUCUCAAUCACCUGUCUUGUCACGAGUCUUCUGCAGCACCUUCCGCAUGGCGGUGUGUCGCAAAAUCUAGGCAGUGUUCUCAUGGAUUUCUUCGAGUUCUAUGGUCAGCGGUUCGACUAUGAGACUGUUGGGAUACGGAUGAAUCCACCGGGCUAUUUCAACAAGAGAGUUUACAAAGUCUACAGAGACAACAAGGAUGCCCGACUCUCCAUUGAGGAUCCAAAUAACCCCGACAAUGAUGUUUCCGGAGGAACUCGCGAGAUAGCACUGAUCUUCAGAUCAUUCAGAGAUGCAUACCGACUUCUGAAAGAUCGCCUAAUUUCUAUGGCGAUGUCAGGAGACCAUCAAAGCAGCAUUCUAGAAAGUAUUAUUGCUGCAAACUAUGAUGAAUACGCCGAGCAAAGGUGGCAAUUGCGCCAAGUUUUCCAGAAACAUCCCAGAUUCGCUCAGUAUCAACAGCCACCCACACCUCCUCCACCUCCUCAAAGUCCUCCUCCGCCGAAUGAGCCGGCUCCUCCACCCUUGCCUCCGAACUCUCCAACCCCCUCUCAGGAGCCUAAGGAGAAGUUAACCAAAUUGCAAAGGAAACAACAGGCCUCGCGCGAGCGUGCCGCUCGUCUAAAGCGACUGCGCCCAGACUUAACUUCCGUCCCAGACUCUAUCACCAACGAACAAGCUUUGAGUCUUGGCGGCUAUAAAAGCCAGUCGGACAUGGACCGAGACCUUGCCAACCGUGAUAAAGAAGUGAAAGGGGGAGACCAAGACUAA